UGGGGUUUAUUUUUCAAACUUGCCUUCAUACCCGCGCACUAAACCCCAACCUUUUUAAUUUAUUUUCUUUAAAUUCAAGAAAUCGUUUAAACACAAAUACAGAGAGAGAGAGAGAGUUUUUAAAAGAGGAGACAUGUGAAGGAGAGAGAGAAAGAGAGGAGAAUGAGAUCAUUUUUUCAUUUCUUAUUUACAGUUCCAACGAACUGUGAGAGAGGUUUCUAAUUCUAAAACAAAACCAGUGUUCAUGAAUUGUCUGAAUGAUAACCGAAAAAAAAAAUUAAAAAAACAUUUCAAUCCGGGAAAAAAAUCAAAACUUUAUUUCUUCCUAUAAAACCCUCUUUUCCAAUUUCGUCAAAAUUCACUCUCUUUGCGAACCUACGAAUCCAGACGACUCUGUGAAGUUUAUUUUAUAAAGCAAGGAUAAAAAUGGGGCUCCUUUUCACAGAGUGAUAUAUUUUUUUUAAUUUAAAGAUUGGGUUUUUAUUAGCAAAGUUGGAGGGGUCGGCUCGUCUGGUCUGGUCUCUGUGGGAUAGAGAUAGUUUUGGGGGUUUUAAUAAAGGGACAAGGAGCGUCGACGAGAUAAUAAUAUUACAUUGGAACAAAAGAAGACGAGAGAGAGAGCGUCAGUGAGAGAGAAACUAAACUAAUGGAAGAGACAAGGAAGAAGAAGAAGGAUGAUUCCAAAAAGAAGGAGCGUCAUAUUGUCACUUGGUCUCAAGAGGAGGAUGAUAUACUUCGAAAGCAAAUCACUUUACAUGGCACUGACAAUUGGGCGAUCAUUGCUUCCAACUUCACUGAUAAGAGCACAAGGCAGUGUAGACGCAGAUGGUAUACAUACUUAAACUCUGAUUUCAAGAGAGGAGGUUGGUCCCCUGAAGAAGAUACUCUUUUGUGUGAGGCACAAAGAGUGUUUGGGAACAGAUGGACUGAGAUAGCAAAAGUGGUCUCAGGCAGAACGGAUAAUGCAGUGAAGAACAGGUUCACAACACUGUGCAAGAAGAGAGCCAAGUAUGAAGCCAUGGCUAAAGACAAUAGUCUUGCUUCUUGUGUCAUCAACUCUAACAACAAAAGAAUGUUGCUCCCAGACUGUGGUAUCAGUACACCACCUAAAGCCGAAACCCAUUCCCCUCUUGCUAAAAAGAUGAGGAGAAGUGACGUUCCAGAUGUAACAGUGUUCGGUAGCUAUGGGGAUAGGUCACACAUAAAGGUUAACUCGGGUGUGAAUCAGCAUCUCUAUGGGAAUAGAUCACAUAUAAAGGUUGUGAAUCAGCAGAUAAGACCUCCUUUCUUAGUACUAGCCCACAAUGAGGAGAAGGAGGAGGAGAAGAAUCAAACAAACAGUGCCAAGGAGAGUGAAGGUGAGGAUAAAGGGAAUCAUGAGGUGUUUCUUAAGAAGGAUGAUCCGAAGGCAACAUGUUUGAUGCAACAAGCUGAGCUUCUCAGUUCAUUGGCCCAGAAAGUUAAUGCAGAUAACACAGACCAAAGCAUGGAGAAUGCCUGGAAGGUCCUGCAGGAUUUCUUUAAUAAAAGCAAAGAGAAUGAUUUAUUCAGAUACGGACUACCUGAUAUCGAUUUCCAGCUUGAGGAGUUUAAGGAUCUUGUUGAUGACUUGAGGAGUAGUAACGAAGAUAGUCAAGCCUCUUGGAGGCAACCGGAUCUCCAUGACUCACCUGCAAGCUCUGACUAUAGCUCAGGAUCAACUACAAUACCACACUCUUCUGGUGAUCAAACCCAACAACCCAUGUCUGGUUCUCAGACAGAAACACAGGAGCAAAAUGCUGGGGAGUUACUACCAGAUAAUGUGCAAGUGGAUUUACUGUCAACUUGUCAUGAGAUUGUGCCCAUGUCGGUUGAGGAAGAGUUUAACUCGCCUGUUCAAGUCACUCCAUUGUUCAGAUCUCUAGCAGCAGGCAUCCCAAGCCCACAGUUCUCUGAAAGUGAGAGGAACUUUGUGCUAAAAACACUUGGUGUUGAGUCCCCAUGUCCAAGUGCUAAUCUUUCACAACCACCUCCUUGCAAAAGAGUCCUUCUUGAUAGCUUGUAAACCAAACCAAAAGACCGCGGUUAUGUCUCUAUGGAGCCGACAUAACUUGCAUUUUUUUUUGCUUAGAUUUUCUUCAUUAGGUUUGCAGCCAUAUCGGCCUGAAAAGUUUUUGUGAAGCGGGCGUGCCAUGAUCUGCAUUCUUUUCCCCCCUCGGUGUUCAUAAUCUAGAAUCUAAGAAUGUUAAAAAGGUAACAUUUCAAAGUCUAGACCUGAGUUUCUCUCUCAGAUACUCAGGAGUGUUUCUUUUCAUCAUUAGCAUACUUGAAGCCCAUUUCAUAAAAGGGUUAAACAAGUAUGUACCUUUUUUUCAGUUCAUGACUUGUGUUGUGUGUAAGAAACAUUCUUUUGUUUGUCCUCCUUCUUUAAAGGUAAAGCCCGGAUACAUAAUCCGGGUCUUUUCCUUCCCAAUGAAUUCUUGAUUUGUUGUGUUCUUGAUUCUCUGUACAGAAUCUAUAAAUAUUACAUAAAAAGCAGAUGUUUUUGUUUUAGAGUGUAAAAAGAUAAAACAACUUCAGAGAGGCAUCUCGCCUUUCUAUAUACAGUGAUGGUUAGAAAACAUGAAGAAGAAGAAAACUUAAGCCAAGACUUUCAUAAAGGUUUUUGGAGAACCUUUCUUUAUGUAGUAACUUCUCAUAGGUGUGAGAAGUAGACAGAAACAUAAUGGUAUUUUUUAAAGAAGAUUCAUGUGAUUUGUAAAGAGAUUAUAUGAAUGGAAAUCAUUUGAUUUUGGUGUGAA